ACCCCCACUUUAGGUGUAGGGGAGGUACCCAAAAAAAUUAUUUUUUUAUAUUUUAUUGUACGACUUUGACGGCUUUAUUGAUUUAUAUAUCCAUGCCGAAUUUCAGCUUUAUAGCACUAACGACCACGGAGCAAAGCCUCGGACAGACAGACAGACAGACAGACGGACAUUGCGAAACUAUAAGGGUUCCUAGUUGACUACGGAACCCUAAAAACAUUGCUCUAGGUUAAAAAUCCAGGGAGGAAACAGUCGAGAGCGUUUGUGUUUGAAAAAUCGCAACUAGGAAUUCCUCUUAAAGGUAAUCCCGCGAAAAACAGUUAAAAAUCAUCUGCGCAUGUCAUCUGGUCAAGUGCGGAGACAACUGUCCGCGAACAUCACACGGUCGUCGCGUCGGCAAACGGAACGUUCCCGCCUAAAAAAGUUAAAUUAAAAAUGUAGAUAGACUUUUUAAUUAAGUACCUGAAUUAUGUAGUACAAAUUGGUGUUAUUUUUUUAAAGAUGGCCGCUAAGUUGUUGUGUUUGAGUACUUUUUGGCUGAGAGUUUGGCUGUGCGCGACUGAUUUGUGUUAUGCACAGUCAACCGGUCUGACCUUUCAAGACCUGCUGCCAGAUGAUCCUCGGCUGUACGACAAGAUGAGACCGCCCAAGAAGAACGACCAGCCAACCAUAGUGUUCUUUCACGUCACUGUUAUGGGACUUGACUCCAUUGAUGAGAACUCUAUGACGUACGCCGCCGACAUUUUCUUUGCACAAACAUGGAAGGACUUCAGACUAAAACUGCCUGAAAACAUGACUUCUGAAUACAGGCUUCUAGAAGUGGACUGGCUGAAACACAUGUGGCGACCAGACUCGUUCUUCAAGAACGCCAAGUCCGUGACCUUCCAGACCAUGACCAUUCCCAACCACUACGUGUGGUUGUACAAGGAUAAAACUAUACUAUACAUGGUGAAGCUGACUCUCCGGCUGUCCUGCGCCAUGAACUUCCUCAUCUACCCGCACGACACACAGGAAUGCAAACUGCAGAUGGAGAGCCUGUCGCACACGACGGACGACCUCAUAUUCCAAUGGGACCCCGAUGUCCCUCUGGUGGUGGACGAAAACAUCGAGCUGCCUCAACUGGAGAUAGUCCACAACCGCACUGCGGAUUGCACUCAAGUCUACUCUACCGGCAAUUUCACGUGUCUGGAGGUGAUAUUUAAGCUGAAGCGUCGGCUGGGGUACCACUUAUUCAACACUUAUAUACCUACCUGCCUCAUCGUUAUUAUGUCGUGGGUGUCAUUCUGGAUAAAGCCCGACGCCGCACCAGCGCGCGUGACGCUCGGCGUGACGUCACUCCUCACUCUAUCAACACAGCACGCUAAGUCACAAGCACAGCUACCGCCCGUAUCCUAUCUGAAGGCCGUGGACGCCUUCAUGUCCGUCUGCACUGUGUUCGUGUUUAUGGCGCUGAUGGAGUACUGUCUGGUGAACAUUGUGCUCGGGGAUGGCGCAGGAAAACCAAAGGAGCCAGCCGAGGCCGCCAAAGCCCGCAUGCGCGCGAUCAACAUAGACCGUUUCUCGCGCGUCUUCUUUCCUCUUCUCUUCUCAGUUCUGAACGCCACCUAUUGGAUCCACUUCGCGCAGUACAUCUGACUGCCCAACUGUAACAUAGUUGUCGAUCUGUCUGUAGGGCAAACCUCGGCAAGUUAGUUCACAUCUGGCGAAUCACUCGCGCACUGUACUUAUGUUGUCUAACCUAACCUACUUAUUGUUUACGCGCCUACGUCCUACGCUGCGACCAUGUUAAACAAAUGCAAAGUGCAAAUGUACGCCAGCGGCCUCAGUGCACGCUGCCCAAAAUUAAAAAAAUGUAUUUAUUUCAAGAAAUUGGCAUUUCAAGAGAAGCAGUCGCUCGUUUGGUCGCUCGGCCCAAUGCUGCUGCACGCCGAACGCGCCGUUAACGGCCAUAUCUCACCGGGACACUAACGCGUCGCAACCAGUCUCCGGCCACCAACAAAAUGUAUACAACUCUAUGGAGGAUUUCACCUAGUGUGCUGUCCGCUUGUUUGCGCAAACAAGAGCUGACACAUUUUGGGCGAUAUCGCGCCACCAAAUCGAGCCACCAUACUUAGACACCAGAAUCGCCCCAGUGCCAACAAGGAAAUCACAGGCAGCGCGGCUGGUGGCCGAGUGAGAAAAGAAAGACAGCAUGCAGCGCCAUACUAAUUAACCGAACGUUCGCGAAGGUUUCAGCUUGAACAAAAAUGCUUUCGUAUGUCCGGAUGUUUUCCUCUACAGGUCGUAAUUCUCCGCUGAUUCUCGUAAAAUUUUGUGAGCAUCGAUGAUUAAAUAGAUUUUUUUGUCGAAUCUGUUCUUGGAUAUUUUUCAAAAGGCGGAGCUAUACAUUUAUUCAGUUUUAAGUUCUGCUCACGAGGUCUAGAGCUCACAGAACCACUAGUUAGUGGAGGCGCAACCAACGUGACGGCUCUUCCAUGCCAGUCGUGAUGAAUGCACGUGUCGAAACUGGUUGCGCCGCUCAAUCAGUUGCGUAACCAAGCGGACACCACAUGAAAUACCAUCCAUAGGCCUAUAAAAUUCCUGAAAUUCAUAAAAUUGCAUAUCGUGAAUCGCUACGCGAGGCUCCUAUUGAUAGUGAAAAUGAAAUGAAUGAAAAUGAAAAUUUUACAAUCGGGCGCCGACAUAUACAGUAUACAUUUUGUUGGUGGCCGGCGACUGAUAGCGACGCCAUGGUGUCCCGGUGAGAUAUAGAAGAUAUAGUUGGACGUGAGACACUAAGUUCGUACACUGAGAUGUGCUCAGAGGGCCUACCGCGAACCACGUUCGACGUGUUAUCUCUCUGUCGCACUUGUAAAUUCGCACAUAAGUGUGACAGGGAGGCAACACGUCGAACGUGGUUCGCGGUAAGCCCCCUGAUUGUUAAUACAGGCAGGGAUCGGAACCGGUGUUUGACAAAUACUUCGAAAUAUCCAUUUAUUUCGGUUUAUUAUAUACGCCUAAUGUAGGACUCAGUUGUGUUUUUAGAUAAAAUAAAAAGAGUUUAUUAGCACAAAAAGAACAUAAAUCAUCAUACACAAAUUAAUAUAUAAAGGAACAGAAAUUUGUGCUAAUAGGUCUUCACUCAGCUUAAUAACUACUUCGUAUUAUAAAAUUGCCCAAUUAGAAAUGAAAUAAUUAAUAAAGAACGAAAAAAUACCGUUUUCAUUCCCAUACAAUACCGAUUUUCGAUCCCUGUUAAAGCCCGGCCAGAAAUAUAGGAUCAUUGUCAAGAGGGCGCUGUUAUUCUCAUGUAUAGGGUGACAGUUCAGUUUAGUAUGCAAAAUUUUAGUUCCAGUGAAAUUCCGCAAUAUGGCGCGUGAUCAUAUAUUACUGGUCAGGCUUUAACAGGUUAUGAUUUUGAUCUGGAUUUAAGAAUAUGAUCCGUCAGAUGACUUUUUUAAGGGCGUCCGCUAGUUAACGCGGUUGUACGACGCGGUGAGCGAGUUAACGAAAAGUAUGAGCAACGCUAUAACUGGCGCGGACGCGUUCGACUUUACGUAAUGGCACCCGCGCGCGUGCGCCCGCGAAGUUCACCCGCGUUAGCUAGCGGAUGCCCUAGCCCUAAGCAACUUACGUGAAGAUAUGCAAACUCAGGAAGCAGCAUUGAAGUAGCUUGUCCCGUAACGAAGUUGGUCAUUAUGUAACGAAGAGCAACGAAAACUGGUACAAUCUAUAAUAUUCCGGUAGAAAACGAGGAUAGAUGCUAUUAAAAAUAGUCAGGCGCUCAUAUAGUAAUAUGCACAAAAAUAUGGAUUUGAAAAAGUCUGAAAUAAAAAAAAAUCAUUUCAUUUUUCAA